AUGCAGAAGCUCGCCCAAUUCAAGUCUCCCUCGAGCCGCCAGGCAGAGUCCCUGGCGGGGACACCUGGUGCUGGAGCGUUCCCUGCUGCGCCCUCCAGCCGUCCCCGAAGUGCAGCGUCUGGGCAGCAUUUUGGGGCUGCGACCUUGCAGGGAGGGCUGAGAAGUGGCAAGUCCCAGACCGACCUGAGCCUCGGCGCACCUCCGACCACGGCGCCUUGCGGUGGCAGGGCGAAGGAAAGGUUGACCGUCAAUGAUUACAUUCGGAUCUUGACCCCCGAGAGCGCCCUCAACGAGAAAAGCUAUUCUUUCUUGCACGAUCGGUUCGCGAGGAAGCUCAUGGGUGAGCUGCAGUCGAAGCCCGAUAAGCCCAGCGAGUACUUCACGCUGAAGGAGCACUUGGAGAAGAUUGACAAGGUCUUGGCGUUCUCAAAGCAUGAUAUAUCCACGAUGCCUGCCUCCGACUUGCAGGGCGAAUUGGAGGUCCUGAAUUCCAUCGCCAGGACGUGGCCUACCGACAUCAAGGACUCCAUCAUGGCCAGACGCAUUUCCGACCUAGGAGCGAUCGACGACCGUUCCAGUAACGAAGCGAUCAAGGAGGUCUUGUCAGCUAUCAUGCGGUGGAGGGAUCAAGCCACCGAUCAGGAUAUCGCAUUCGAUCCGCUGAAGCCGCGCCUAUCAAGGAUGGACGGGCCCCCGAAGGAGAAAUGCCAGAAUUUUCUGAAACUGAUGGUGGACAACGUGAUCACGAGGAUGCUCUCGCAAGGCCCGUCCGUGAAGGUCCGCACCGCUCAGGUGUGCCUCUUGGCCCUGGAGAGCUUCAGGCAGAAGCCCGACGACAUGGGCGAGGACAUGCUGGCGAUGAUCUCCUCGCCGGGCGCAGUGGACGACCUCGUGUCCAAGGGGCCCUCGACGAACGAAGACCUCGACAAGUAUGGCGCGCUCAAGUCCCAGCUCGAGGAGGCUGCGAGUUCGGGCACCGUGGACAUCAUGGCCGUGACAACUGCUCUUUCUGAGUACGUGAGCCUCGCGCCCAACUUGCGGCUCGAGCUGAACAAUGCGCUCAAGAAGCAGCUUGUCGAGCAGCUCGGCCCAGCACGAGGUCAUGCCGCUCAGUAUUUUCAAUUUUUGGGGGCUAAGGCGCUGGUCGAGAUUCCAACGGGCGAGGCGAAAACACGAAUUGCUGAGAUUCACGCCCUGUUCAAGAAAGCAGACAGUGUCUUGGCCCUGCAAGACUUCAACGCGAAAGACCCGCUAAUGGAGAUCGAGCGCGCGGAACAGUUGGUCCUCGAUUCGCCCCAGUGCCAGAACUUCAUCAGGCUGAUGGCUACCUUGACGAGCGACUCUCUGACUGGCAUGCCCGAGGAGGACGCGACUAAUAUUUUAGAUACAGCGGUGACGGCGCCCAAACAAAAUACGAUCAUGAGCCAGGCCGCUGCCCCUGCAGCUGCAGCCCUCUGCGACUUCGUCCAGACCGAGGCUGGGCCGGGGCACUCCAUGGCCGGCGCUUUCCUGGAGAUCGGAGUGGGGCUCAGCAUGUUCCAGCAUGAGGCCGAGAGCAUCGGGGCCCGCUUUCACGCGAUGAAGAAGUGCAUCGCUAUGCAAGCUUCGCGCCUGAGUUACGCCGAGCUGGGGGCGGCGCCGCUCGACGGGGCCAAUGCUGACCCCGCGCUCGUGCAUGCGAAGUGUUUCCUAGCGGCGUUCCGAGAUUUCCAGCGGUCGAAUUCGGCCGUGGGGGGCGACUUUCCACCAGCUGAAAGCGUCGCGAGGGUGGAGCUCGACCGCUGCAGCAAGAUGAUCGAUGAUAUUGCCGACAAUGCGGCGCUGGCUCUCAGCACGCAGAUCCAUGCCCAGAUUGAGGAGUACAAGGCUGCUGGCCUCGACGUCGCAGGCAUUACCAAGCGCUGGACAGACCAGAUCCAGACCUCUCAGAAGAAGGGCGCCAAGCCUGCUGACAACAUAGGCGCAGUGUACAAGCUUUGCAAGAAGACGUUGCCGAUGAUUAAGGGCGACGAGUUGGAGGCGCAGGUGAUGCAGCUCAAGUCGCCGCGGGGUGAUCUUCUCAUCGUGCUCGAGACCUCCGGCCGACAUCCCAAAGACGAGCUCUUGAAGGACUCAGGCGAGCUCAUGGGCUGCAUCCGUUCGGGGAGCAUGGCUAUCAUCGAGGCGAAGCUCAUGAUGGGCUACGGCAAAUUCGGGAGCCACGAGAUGUCAAUGCAACAAUUCGUGGUUAAACUAUCCAAAGAGCUGAGCGCCCUUGACCCUCCCGUCACCAUGUGCCUGCUCUACAGAUAUACAUG